AUGCCCAUGCUUUGGCUGCUGCUCCUCCCGCUCGCCUCCUUGCCGCGCCCAGCUACUAGCGGGGGCGGCAACGCGAGCUGCGCGCAGGCGACAUGCGGCAACCUGACCAUCGGGUACCCCUUCUCCCUCGCCGGCGCGCAGCCGCUCUACUGCGGUUACCCGCCAUUCGACCUCACCUGUGACACCGGCCCCGGCCGCGCGCAGGCCUACCUGAGCAACACGUUCAGGGAGCGCCUCUUCCGCGUUGCCGAUAUAUUCUACACGAACAACUCCAUGGUGGCUGCCUUUGCCAGCCACGGUGGCUGCCGCAUCCCGGACUUCAACGUGUCGGCCAGCCUUGCGCUCUUCCCGUUCAGCAUCAGCGGUACCAACAAGAAGCUCGUGUUCUUCUACGGCUGCGCCGUGCCUGCCGAGCUCCGGCUGUCGCGGCCGUGUAGUAACCGCACCAUGGGAGCGUACAUCUCAGGUCUUUGGGACGGCAGCGACGAAGGCGGCACGCUGCCGCCGGGUGUUUCGAGAAACUGUAUGUCCGUGAGCGUGCCGGUGCGUGAAGGAAUGGAGCCGACUCGCCUGCACUACCAGCGGCUAAUCGACGACGGGUUCCUCCUGGAGCUGCCGCGGCCGCUGGGAGACUGCGAUGGCUGCAGACGGGUGCGCGGGGAGUGCAGGCUCGAUCUACUCUCCUUCCAGUGCGUCUGCCCCGACGGGAAGCUCUGCCCCAGUUUUGCCCAAUCCAACUCAACUACUCAACAAGAUAGAGGCAACUUUAGGCUCAAGAUCAUUGGAACAGGACUUGCAGCGGCUCUUCUUUGUCUCGUUGUACUGGGCAUUGCCUGCAUCAUCCAAAAUGUUCAAAGGAAAAGAAAGCGAUCUGCUUCACUUGAUGGUCUCGUCGUCGAUGGAGGCUCGCCGCUAGCAUCACCCAAAAAGGAGUUCACCCUUGCCGGCUCACUGCUAACUCAUAUCUUCACCUACGAGGAGCUUGACGAGGCCACUGAUGGCUUUAGCGACACACGCGUGCUCGGUUCCGGUGGUUUUGGGACAGUCUACAAAGGGAUUCUCCGAGACGGGAGCGUGGUGGCAGUAAAGCGCCUGUACAAGAACAGUUACAAGAGUGUGGAGCAGUUCGAAAACGAGGUGGAUAUCCUCUCGCGGCUGCGCCACCCCAACCUUGUUGCGUUCUAUGGCUGCACCUCCUCCUCCCAGGGCAGCUGCUGCCGCGACCUCCUCCUCGCCUACGAGUUCGUCCCCAAUGGCACCCUCGCUGACCAUCUCCACUGCGGUGGUGAGGCGCCCCUCCUCGCAUGGCCAACCCGCCUCAGUAUCGCGGUUGAGGUGGCUGCUGCACUAGCCUAUCUUCAUGCGCGCCAGGUCGUGCACCGUGACGUCAAGACAAGCAACAUCCUCCUCGACGAAGAGUUCCAUGUGAAGCUGGCCGACUUCGGGCUGUCCCGGCUGUUCGCUCCCGAUGCCACCCACGUCUCAACGGCGCCACAGGGCACGCCGGGAUACGUUGACCCAGCGUACCACCACAGGUACCAGCUCACCGACAAGAGCGACGUGUACAGCUUCGGCGUGGUGCUCGUGGAACUCGUCUCCUCCAGGCCAGCGGUGGACAUGGCCCGGGACGGCGCCGACGUGAACCUGGCCUGCAUGGCCGUGCGCAUGAUUCAGUGCUGCGAGAUAGACCGGCUGGUUGACCCACGGCUCGGGUACGGGUCGGCGGCAAGCGAGACGGUGAAGACGGUGGACCUCGUGGCCGAGGUAGCAUUCCGGUGCCUGCAGCCGGAGCAGGACGUGCGGCCGAGCAUCAGUGAGGUGUUGGACGUGCUCAGAGAGGCGCAUCAGAGGAUGAUGGAGAAGGAAGGAUGCACCGCCGCUAUGGAUGAUGCGAUGUUGGUGAAGAAGAGCAGGGACGACUCGCCUGACUCUGUCAUGCACCAGUGGAUCAGCCCAGCCACGACCUUUAAUCACAGCACAUGACACUAGCAGUUCACCAAAGUUAAUUACAGGACACCUGUUGAUCUGGCAUCCAAUUUAUGGGCACUACCUGUGUGUUCUUAGCAACCACAAAAAAUAAAAUUG